AAAAACAUAUUUUCUCACAACAGCAACGUCAGGCAGUGAUUUCUAGUUUGGACACUCAGUUGGUCUACAGCAGGUGGCAGCACAUGCCUGAUGCAAACCUACCUAAAACAUCGCUAAUCACGAGGACAUAAAUACAAAAGCUCAGUUAUUACAAUUUGCCCUCAAGCGCUUAACCUAUUGCCAGCGUCAAAAGUUUCUAUACGCCACAGAAACAUAAACAAAAACAAGGAAUGCAAAGCAAGAAUGCAAAUAAAGGCUUAAUGCUCUUAAAAACAUGUUAAAUAUUGUUUAAAUGUUAGCUUUGAGCGUUUACAAGUUAACUCAUUACCAAACUCUUUGUCAUUUUCUAUCCACUAACUAGUAAUGAAUAAUUCAGUUUAUUCAGCGAAGCCCUGAUUCCACCAAUCAGAUCGUAGCGCUCUAAACUUCCCACCAAUCAGAGCAUCCGCUGUAACUUCCACGCGCAGCUCGCGCCUGUCGCUCUGUUUUGAUGCGCCUUCUGUCUGUAUUAAGUGCAGAAGCCUCGAAGGGGACUCUUUUGUUUUCAUGCUAAUAUUUUCUUUCACAAACUGCGGCGCUUUUGUCAAAGCUCAGGUUUAUAUUGCGGGGAAUCAUGACCGCAUGUAUCUGUGGUUGAGGAAGCUGCCGUGUUCCUGAAGAGCCUCUUGAGAUCGUCUAAAGCCUCUGCCAUGAGUUGUUUGGAUGUUAUGUAUCACCAGAGUUAUGGAGCUCAUCAUUACUUGCCUGCGACAUCAGCAGCAGCAGCAGCAGCGGCUUACAAAGCGGCUUAUUACCAGCAGCAGCAUCAGCAGCAGCAGCAGCAGAAGAAGUUCAGUGUCUACAGCAGGAUGCAGGAUUCAGAGGAGUUUCCCUCGGACUGUGGCCAGAGUAAGCAGUCUGGAGCGCUGAAGCCCCGUCCUGAGCCUGAGCGUCCACGAGAGGAGGAGCAGAGCGCUGGAGAAGAGGAGCGCUGCAAGGAGACGCAGCCCGCCGAGGCCGAGUACUUGAGUGCCAGGUGUGUGGUCUUCACCUAUUUCCGAGGAGACAUCGGGGAUGUGGUGGACGAGCAUUUCUCACGUGCACUGAGUCAGCCCAGCGCCUUCAGCAGUGACACCGGCAGACUUCACUCUGGAGGACCAUGGAAAGGAAACUCCCACUCUGAGGGUCAACCUUUAGCAUCGUCCCUGUGGGGUAGCGGCUACCCUUCUCAGACCUCGUCUCACCCAGACUUCCCCCAUGCCGCUGCCUUCCACCCUGCAGACGCUGGCCUCUGGAGCAGCCACAGCCUGCCCCCUCCUUCUGCUCUCACUGACUCUUGGCAUUACGGCCUGGGAGCCCAGAGUGCAGCGGGAUACCCUUACGUUCACGAGAUGUACCCUCACAUGCACCCCCGCCACCCGCAUGCGCAUUCCCACGCCCACCACGUGCUCCAUCACGCUCACAGCCCCACUCUGGACCCGCGCUUCAGUCCGCUUCUGCUGCCCGGAGUGAGAGCGUCUUGCAGCCCGACGUCCGGCACAGACGGAAUCAAAACUGAGCUGGAUCCAAGCAGCAUCACAAACUGGCCUGCUUCUUUCCAUGGGUCAGUGGACAUCUGUCAUGAGACAGCGCUUGAGCAAGACAAAGUGAAGGCCAGUGUUUGGUUCUGAGACAGAGGAGAGUCACUGGACCUGGACCACUUCUGCAGCCGAGGCCCACAGCGCUGCGUGUGGAUUCCUUCCUCACAGGACUUUCUUGGGAACUAUUCAGGGGAUCAUCAGUCUCUAUCAGAGAGACAAGCACAAAAACAGCUUUGGGACAAACUAGUGUUUUAAUAAAGCAUACCAUCCUGUCUUGAGUUUGUGCCCUUAAUGUGCGCUCAUGGACAGAGAUCUAGUUCAGGACGCUUCUGUAAAGGAUGCCACACAGCCUUAAAUGAGGUUUAAGAGGUAGAUCUCCCUCU